AUGGACGGCACUGCCAUCGUGUCGGACGAUCACUUCGACCCUCCCUCACGCCUUUUUGAACGCCUUCGCCAGAUCGCCGGCUUUACCUGGGACGAGUCCCGGCUUCCCUUCCAUACAUCUUACGACAUCUGGCACGUUUGCGGCACCAGAUUUGUAUCUCCAUACCAGCCCUCGUCCUCUUCAUCCUUACCCGCUUCGAGUCCCGGCUCGAUCGCGAGACUACAGUCCGGCCGACCAUCGCCCUCCGAACAUGCGAGUUCCUCCAGCCUUCACUCAGGCCUACCCAGCGAUGCGAGCAGCGACUUUUCAGCUACCUCGCCGCCCGCGGUCCCCGCCGGCGCCGCAGAGAUAUCAUACGUAGAAGAGCCAGUGGUAGCUCGUGUCUCCUACCAUGUGCUCCGUGAGGAGAGGGCCUUCCAUAUAGCUAAGAACCUAUUUGCCACGGCCGAUCCUCAAGGACUGCACAUUGUUAAGCCACUCGACCUCAUUCGUCUCGCCCCUCACCCCGGCGAUCGGGGUUCCAUUGUGGUCGCAAUCUAUCAGCAUCCCGGCCAGAACUACCUCUUUGAUCUGAUGGACAUGGGACCGGCAUUCUACAAGGCUAGGAAGGUUGACGACCGGUACGAGGCGUAUCGCAAACUUAACUUGCGUUUGAAGCCCCCGAUAGACCUACAAUACUUCCUUGACUUUGCCAUUGGCGCAAGUCAGUGUCUGGAAAUCCUUCACUAUGGGCAAGUGAUUACGCAUGGAGAGAUCAGGCCAGACGCCUUCCACUUCAAUAUCGAGACGAACUCGGUCAAGCUCAUCAACUUCGGCACGGGGACAAGAUCCUUCGAGGGCGGCUUGUCAAGCACCUCAUGGUCGAGCUUGUCAAAAGAGUUGGGCGCCAAGAAUAAGCUCCUCUAUAUUAGUCCGGAGCAGACAGGUCGUAUGCCGGCAGAACCUGACAGUCGGACUGACAUCUACUCGCUUGGGGUCGUGUUUUGGACAUUGCUCACACAACAGCCGGUAUUUGAUGGCGAGACACCCCUCGACAUUGUGCAAGGCGUCCUAGGGCGGAGAAUUCCCAAUGUAUCGCAAGUUCGGCUCGAUAUACCCGACGUUAUCGGACGUAUCAUACAGAAGUGUACGGCCAAGACCGUUGCUGAUCGAUAUCAUUCGGCUAGUGGCCUGAAGCAUGACCUUCUCAAGGUGCAGCAAUUCUUAACUGACGGCGACUGGUUAGCGCUUAAGGAGUGGAAGAUUGGCGAGAAAGAUAUCUCGUCCUUCUUCAUCUUACCCAGUAUGAUGAUCGGUCGGCAGAAAGAGAGAGCAGAAGUUAUCAGAGUCAUUGAGCGGGUCGCUAAGAGCCAUUCGAUGAACCAAAAAUCUACAACAAAUAACCGCUUCUCUGAUGGUUCGCAGCUCUCGGUUGAGCUCCCUGACUGCGGAGACCUGUCGAGUGAGGGUGCAAGCUCGGCAGAAGGCACAACGCGUCGCAGCGGUUCCUUCACACAUACUACGUCCUCUGAUCCUAGGCAGUCAAAGGCUAGUUUUGUUCCAUCCGUCCUAUCUGAUACCCAGACAAUAUCGGGCGACACCAUCGCCUCGUCUAAUUCUGGCCCAUUUGGGAGGAUGACCAGGCCGUGGGAAAGGCAAUGGGAAAGACACCAGUCAGUCUCGAUCGAAACUAGGAGUCUUAUUGAUGGUGUAGGCACGCCAACAGACAGCAACCGACUGAGCGCAGUGGAAUCGUCAUCCUCAAGUUUGUCACGUCAGCUCGGAUCAGCAAAGUUCCGUAGGCGCGGACACUGCGAGAUCGUCCUCGUCGAAGGAGCCGGAGGUUUGGGCAAGAGCUGCCUCUACCAGUCGACACUCGCUGAAGCCAGGAGGAGGGGAUAUUGUGCCACGGCAAAGUUUGAUACCGCGCGCCGAACUGCUUUUGGACCACUGCUUAAGCUGCUGUCGUCACUAUUCAAACAGGUGUUCGGCGAGCGAAACACGGAUACGCCUUUUCACCAGGCGCUGAAGCAAUACGUUCGCCCGGUGUGGCCAACGCUGCACAAGGUUCUUGGGUUACCAGACUUCCUCAUUGGCGCCCUAGACAGCUCUGUUCCUCGAUCAGUGUCUAUCACUCAAAGCAUAACUCAGAGUCGGUCCAUCAGGGCAGGGCUCAAGAGGCGUGGCUCGUCGCCGGGAAGCUCGCCGGGCCGCUUGAACAAGCCUACCGUCAUCUCUUCACAAGCAUCCCAGGAUUUCCUGCGAGCCGGAGGAACAACCAAAACCAUGCGAUUGAUGAACACCUUCCUCGACGUGCUUCGCAUGUUCACGUCCCACAAGUUCAUAUGCUUUGUGUUGGAUGAUCUUCACUUUGCGGAUGACGAGUCCAUGGAGUUGAUCACCCAGAUCAUUGGAGCACGGAUGAAAAUGGUUGUCAUCAUAACCUACCGCCCAGAGGAGCUAUCACCGGAAAAACCGCCAUCAUAUGCUGACCAGAAGGCAGAGUUUCCACGAUCAGGCGGUCCCGUAGUAACCCGAAUCAAACUUACUCCCCUCUGCGAGGAUGACAUCAUCCAAUACGUCGCGACGACGCUGUGCAGACCAAAGGAGGAGGUUCUGCCUCUGGCUUUGGUGAUACAGUCCAAAACAGCUGGCAACCCAUUCUACAUGCGAGAAAUGCUGAGCGCCUGUUACCGGAAGAAGUGUAUAUGGUACGACUACAGAGACAGCAACUGGCAUUUCGAUCUUGAUAGACUCUUCGAACACUUCAAAGGCGCAAGCGAUUAUGACAUACUCGAUACUGGUUUCAUCACACGGAGAUUGAGCGAGCUUCCCCCUGCCUCUAGAGCGAUACUUGCAUGGGCUGCACUCCUCGGAUCUUCAUUCUCGUUCGAGCUCAUUUGCAGACUUCUGAGUGGCGAGUUCCAGUACCAAGACAAUGAGGAGGCAUCGUGUCAAGGUCCAGGCAACGAACAAUACCACGCGACGUACUCUCAGCAAGAGGCAAUCAAUGGACUGCAAGCCGCGGUUCAGGCCUACAUCAUCGUCCCGAGCGAGACGGACGAUCGAUUCCGCUUCGCCCACGACAGAUUCAUCCAGGCAUCGGCAGCAUUGAAGGAAUGCAACGCGCGAAAGAUGCACUUUGUGAUUGCGCAGACGCUUCUCAAGUACUACUCCGUUGAUCCUAGAGCCAAGGACAAUACCGCUUCGCACAUCUGCGAGUCUGUCGACAUAAUCAAGAAGCGUGUCCCUAGACGUCAGACAUACCGCAAACUCCUGUACGAGUGCGCACAGUCGGCCGUAGAGAAUUGUGCCCGUCCAACUGGCUCAAAGCUUUACAGCACGGCAGUCGCUCUACUCCAGCCAGAUCCAUGGAACGACGACCUUGAGGAUGUCUCGUAUGACGAGACGAUGCAGCUGCAUUUGCGGGCUGCAGAAUGCUAUCUUUACAUGAGCAAUCAUGCCGCGGCUAACUCCCUCCUAGAGACAAUCUUCCAGUGUGCGCGAAGCCCUCUAGACAAAGCGCCAGCCUAUGUGCUCCAGUCGAGAACACUGGCGCAAAGUGGCAAUGCUAGAGGCGCGCUGGCUGCACUGAAAGAAUGUUUACAGGCACUUGACGUGCAAUUCGAUGACGAACCCACCUUUGAGAAGUGCGACGAUCAGUUCGAGAAGAUGUCCGUGAGGAUACAGACCAUGGACAAGAACGAGCUGAUGAACCCGACACCGUCAUCAGACCCCGGCUUGCCGUCUAUCGGUGCUGUGUUGGCAGAGACUGUCAGCGCUGCGUGGUGGAGCGACUACUUGCGAUUUUAUCACCUCUCCCUCGUCAUGCUGGAUCUGCAUCUCACCCACGGCGCUUUCCCUCAAUCAGGCAUGGCGUUUCUACACCUUGGUCUCGUCGCCCUGGCCAGAUUCAACAUGGUGAACUUUGCAGUUGAGGUGGGCAACGUCUGUAUUGAGCUACUUGACCGAUACCGCGAUCCCUUCUCGAUGGCUAGAGGCUACAUGCUGUACGCUAAUUUUAUCGGACAUGUUCAAAUUCCCAUCGCCGUUGCGUUGACGCACUUGGAGGGCUCGGUCGACUAUGCGGCUGCAGCAGGGGAUCGGAUUUCCUCGAUACUCAGCUUUGGACUUGCGGCGCAGCUCAAGUUCUUUGCGAGCGAAAAUUGUGCCGACCUGGAGGCUUUCUGCCAGUACGGCUGUGAAGAGAUCCCCAACUGGCACCAGGACACGCGGGGUGGCACCCUUCUCAUCUCCAUCCGGCAAGCCUGUCGAGCUUUGCAGGGCAAGACGCGGACGACCGAUCCCUAUGAGGUCAUGACCGAUGAUCAUCAUAGUUCGGCCAACUACAAGUCAUGGCUGAGAGCAAACACACAAAACGGCAAUAGGUCGGUCCUUUGGUAUGAGACCAUCGAGAUAGUUCCGCUCUUCAUCUACGGUCAUUACGAUCGCGCCAUUGAGAUCGGUGAGAUGUGCUACGAGUCCAUCCAGAAUCUAUGGUCAGCUCGCAACAGCAGGCUAGUCAUUUUCUUCUACGGACUUGCUCUUGCAGGAAGGAUGCUUCGAAGGCUCAACGACCCCCGUCUAGAUCCUAGCAGUCUAGACGGCGAGACCGAAAGUGUUCUACGCACGCUGCGGGAACUGACCAAGCGCAUCAAGGAAUGGGAGGUCUACACCGAAGUGAACUACCUUUCAUGGUCCAGGAUUCUAGAGGCCCAAGUUGCAGAAUUGACCGGCGAUUAUGGGGGCGCGGUCAAGCUCUACGAGGAGGCUCUGGAUAACGCUGAGGAACAUAAUUACAUUUUCGAAGCGGCACUAGGCAACACACUGAUGGCCGGCACGCUCGUCAGGCGCAAGGCUCGACGGUUGGCUCGCUCUGCUUUUAGGGAUGCCAUUGCGUUCUACCGUCAGUUCGGCGCCGUGGCCGUGGCCGAGCGACUAGAGGAAGAGCACGCCGUCCUUCUUCACAGCCCGACAAGAAACCCCAGGGCGAUUGACGCUGCCGUUCAGACCGACUUCGCCGGAGACAGUGGUACUGUUGAUUAUCGCGCUGUGGAUGGUGAAGAAGGGCCAGAAGGGAUGCAGCAGUCUAACCACACUGCCAUCGCCGAUAUCAAGGGCGAUCGGAUUGGUGCGUGGCGUGGCUCAAUGCAUGAGCACAAUGAACCUGGGGCAGGUCUGCCAGCACUCGAUAUGAUCGAUUUGCACGCGAUCCUGCUCUCAUCCCAGGUCAUUUCCGGCGUUCUCCGGGUCGACGAGCUCCUCAAGACCAUGUGCGAUGUCAUUCUGCAGACUUGCGGAGGCUCGGCUACGCUAGCCGCCAUUGUGGUGCAGGAUUCGGACGAGUCCGGGUGGUCUCUCGCAGCCAGCGGCGAUCCAGAACGAGGAGCGUCAGCUCAUAUCCCUGGUCUUCCGCUUGCUGGCACCUCACUCGUUGCAGAGAACGUUAUUCUUUACUGCACGCGGUUCCGAGAGGCUGUCUUCAUUCCAGACAUUAUCAGCGACGAGCGUUUCGGUAACGUGAGCGAGGCUUGGUUACAGCGGAAUGUCCUUAGCAAGGCCAUCAUCGCAAUCCCCAUCUGCCACGGUUCAAAACCACUGCUUGGAGUUCUCUAUCUCGAGGGCGAGCCAGGGUCUUUCACCGAUCGUAAUGUGUCGGUCCUCCAGCUGCUAGUCAACCAGAUUGGCAUCAGUUACUCAAAUGCCCUAGCUAUGAAAGCUGUAGAGAAAGUUUCGGCAGAGAAUGUCUCUAUGGUUGCGCUGCAGAAGCGCGCCCUUGCAAAGGCACUGGAAGCAGAGACAAAAGCUAAGCACGCUGAAGCCGAAGCCAAGCGUAACGUCAAGCUCGCCGAAGAGGCUGCCAAGGCCAAGUCGAUAUUCCUUGCCAAUGUUUCGCACGAACUGCGAACACCGCUCAAUGGUGUUAUUGGUAACUCAGAGUUGCUAAAAGACAGCGAGCUAGACAAGGACCAGCAAGAGAUGGCGGACAACAUCAAAGUGUCGGCAGAGCUGUUGCUGACAGUCAUCAACGACAUACUCGACUUUUCCAGAAUGGAAGCCGAUAAAAUGAAGCUCUACGUGAUCGCUUUCAACCCAGAAGAGAUGGUUCGGGAGGUUGUUCGAGCGGUGUCCUACAGCAACCGGCAAAAGACGAAACAGAAGAACGUCAAGAUUAUUCAGGAUAUCGACCUGCCAUCUCUGCUCAUCUUUGGAGACCCGAUCAGACUUCAUCAGGUCUUGGGCAACCUCAUCAGCAACAGUUUGAAGUUUACCGAGGACGGUUCAAUUACGAUUGGUGCUCGGGUGGAAUCCGAGACCAACGACAAAGCUACAUUGCUCUUCAGGGUUCAGGAUACCGGAAUCGGUAUCCCCCAACAGCAACUGGUCAAGCUCUUCCAGCCCUUCAGCCAGGCAGACACCAGCACAGCACGAAAGUACGGCGGUAGCGGCCUUGGUCUGAGCAUUUGCAAGUCUCUGAUUGAAACGAUGAUGAAGGGCAAGAUCCAGCUCGACAGCCAAGAAGGUGUAGGAACAACGGCAUGGUUCAAGGUCACUUUCGACAAGGCCAAGUCUGACGUUUCUGCCGGAGACGCGCAGCAAAUGAAGUCUCCUCCAGCGGUCGAGCGCUCUGCGUACCUCGAGCGUGGCGAGUCGCCUAAUCCGUUCUUGGACCUCACCGCCGUUCCCAAAGACCAAAUUAGGAUUUGUGUCGCUGAGGAUAACCCCAUUAACCAGAAGAUUGCCAUCCAGUAUGCGCAGCGACUGGGCUACACCACCGUGGAUGCUUACGAGAACGGACUGAAGGCAGUGGAGGGCUUGCGGCAAAAGGCUAGGGAAGGCCGGCCCUACCAUGUGGUACUCAUGGACGUACAGAUGCCCGUGCUGGACGGAUACGAGGCGACCAAGAUGAUUCGGAAGGAUUCUAUAGACGUUGUACGGAAGAUUCUCGUCAUCGCCAUGACGGCAUCGGCCAUUCAAGGAGAUCGAGAGAAGUGUUUGGCGGCGGGUAUGAACGACUAUCUCGCGAAGCCGGUGCGCUCGGAGGUGCUAAAGAAGAAGUUGGACACCUAUGUCAGCCCACAAGCAUCCACCGCCUCAUCUCCUGAUGCCAUCCGCUCUUCUUCCACCUCGCCGUCAUACAUAACGACCGACCAGAACGGAGCCGCAGCAAGCUUCCACCUUCCAAUCAGAGACAACCCGGCAUACAGCCGACCGUCAAACAGCACCUCGACACCUAGCCGCGUAUCGAGCGACACGAAGUCCACCACGGACCUGGGAUCCAUUGCCGAGACGCAGUCGCAAGCGCCUUCGCAGAAACGUACGUCUCGCAAGCUGACCAAGACACGCACCAGCAGCGAGUCGCUACCGGCUGAGAAACCCAGGGCAGUGCUCACCAAGAAAGCGCCGCAGCGUCAGGGCACGGCCUCGUCGACGGAUGAGAAUCUCAAGCCGGAGAAUUUACCAUACCACACAAACCGCAACAGUGUGAGUUCGCAGGGGUCCAGUAGCAGAGACAAGAUCUUCCCAAGCUAA